AUGCCAGCAUUCCUGAAGAAAUCUGAAAAAAUGCCAAAAAGUGUCAAAUCCAGUAAGACCACCUUGAAAGAUUCAAAACCAGCGGCAAAGAAACAAAAAGGUAAAAAAGAUGAAGUUGAUCUUUCUAUGGCCAGUAUAGGCCACCCAGAAAUCUUUCCUUUGGUUUUGACUGAAAAGACCCAAGAAAUUUUUAAUUGCCGACCUGAUGAAGAUGUCACAGAAGAAAAUAAUUUCAAGUGUAUUAAAAAAGAGGACAUAAUUCAAGACCUGAAUACAAGAGCUAAAUCUUCUGAUUUCCUCCCUUUCAAAAAAGUUAUCCUAGAAUAUCCAGGGGAAGAACUCUUGGUAGUUUUUGAUCCAAGCUUCCAAUAUGGAGAGAACUUUUAUAUUGUUGCUUCUGAAGAAGCCAAGGAAAACUUUCUAAAGUCUUUAGAAGCUGCAGAAGAAAAAGAAGAAACAGAAGAGGAAAAUAUAGAGGAAACUCUGGAAGUCCGCAAACCUUGGGUUUCCCUUGGCAGCGAAAAGGAAGUUGAAGAAGAAUCUCUUAUAGAAAGGGAUACAAAGAUUAAGUACAAGAUCUCUCGAGUUCGCAGGCAGUUUGGUGCACCCAUUACAUUUACUGACAAGAAUGCUGCAGAUGACAAAGAGAGCUAUGCUGAAUGCACAGCCUAUGAAGACAAUACUUUCAGUAUUAAAAUGCUUGAAAGGGAUGUGGGGGUGCAAAUGGUUCCAAAACUAAGAGAAGCUAGUACUCAGACAAAAUGGACCUAUCCAAAAAAUGCAUCCACGCAGUAUUAUCCAAGGCAGUUGUCAAAUGAAGCAAAAGCAGAGAGUCUGUCAUCUGAGACGCUGAAAAAAUUUCUUGCAGCAGUACAUUUAAGAGUGGAAAUUGCACUGCAGCAAAAUGAAAUUAUGAAUGUUUUUUUUGAUGACUGGAAGGCCCUAGCAGAAGACCAAGAAGAAGGCAAGCCAGAUGUUUAUUUUAAAGAAUACCAAUCAUUUACAGAUGUGCAGUAUCUCAAGAACAGAACCAUUAGCUGUGUUCGCUGGCAUCCAACCGUUUAUGGGAUUAUAGCACUGUCAGCAAGAGAGCAGUCUUCGUAUGAAGAACAAGUUAACCUUUCUAAUAAAUCAUUGCUACAGUCAGUUAUACUUCUUUGGAGUAUGUUUGACCCUCUCUGCCUCCAGUUGGUGUUGAAGGCUCCUGAAGACAUUUGCUGCUUUCAGUUCAGUCCAAGUAAUCCAAAUCUCAUUGCUGGUGGCUGUGUUGAUGGACAGGUUGUAUUGUGGGAUGUUUCUAAACAUGAAGAAAAGCUGGAAAGUACAAAACCUGUUGUUGAUGAAGUCACUGACUCUUCAGAGGGUGAGCCAAGAGCAGCAGUGGUGACUGAGCCAUCACCUAAGCAAGUCCAGCAGAGUAGUGCAGAGCCACCUCUAGUGAGACACUGUGCAGGCUCUUCCACACCAUAUUGUCAUACAAAGCCAGCAACAGAUGUACAGUGGCUACCAUGUAACGUUGAGGAAAACCAAAAGGGUGGUACUUCUGAAAACAAAGAUGAAAAAAAACUGCAGCUUGUAACCUGCUCCCCUGAUUGCUCAAUAUUAUUUUGGGAUAUUCCAUCCAUGGAACGUCGUGAAGAAUUUUUAUCUGCGAAAAUAAAGGAGGAGAGAAGAUCUCAGAUGCCCCCUGGUGAUCCAGACACUGAUGAGGAUUUAGAUCUCUCCUGGAAGCCUCUCAUAAAGAUCAAUCUGCGGGAAAGGGAUAACGACUCAGAGUAUGGUCCCACGAGAAUCAGUUUAAGGAAACUGCAGUAUCGUUACAAACCCCCAGGGAGGGUAAGACCUCGGAGCACACUAAGAGCACCCAUCAAAGAGAGCACAUAUACAGAGAUGAGUGCUUCUUCAAGCAAAAAUCUGGAACUGCUAGAGAAUAUCUCCACAGACUUUUUUGUUGGAAAUGAAGAUGGAGAAGUUGUUUAUUCUGAAUGGAAAAAGAAAAUUGAUACUAAUACAGCAAAACCAGUUAGUCAGAAGCACUCCCAGAAAUACUCCCUCCACACUGAAACUAUCAACACUCUCCAGGAAUCUCCAUUUUUUAAAGACAUCUUUCUAAGCAUUGGAGGCCAGAAGUUUGCCAUUUGGAAAGAAGGAGUUACAAAUGGACCAAUCCUUCAGUCAAGCUGCUCUGCAGGAAGAUACACUGCAGGACAAUGGUCCUUAACAAGACCAGGAGUUUUCUUCAUUGGCAGAGACAAUGGAAAUAUAGAUAUUUGGGACUUACUGAAGAAAACUCAUGAGCCAUCUCAUUUCCAGAACAUCUCCAAAUCAAUCAUCACUUUCAUCAGCCCCUCCAGUGCUUCAGCAGAGCAGCAUUUUCUGGCUGUUUCUGACAAUCUUGGAGUUCUGCACAUUUUGGAAAUCUGUCAAACAUUAUGUCACCCUCCAAGUAAUGAGCAUGCCAAAGUACUUGAUUACUUCAAAAGGGAAGUCAAAUAUCUGAAGCACUGUGAAGAGGAGUUUGAAGAGUAUCAAAAGUUUCAAGCCAAAACAGAAAUGAAAUUGAGCUGGAGACAGAGAGACAGAAAACAGUAUGUUACACUUGGAAUUAAGAAAAUGUUCUAUGUUUCUUUUUAUCUUUAA